CCGUGCUGGGCAGGAAGUACAUAAGGGGGGCAUCGUCAGCCUACGGGGACCUCAGGCCAUCACGCUUUCCAUAAAUGAGUCAUUAGACAACAAAACAAUAGCCACCAAUACAAGAGAAAUGGUUGACGAGAACCCGAUCAUCUUUGCGCCAAAGACAUAUCAAUACGACAAGGACUCACUGGACAUCAGUCAAGUUGCUGAGGACCCAUUUGUUCAGUUCAAGAACUGGUUUGACGAGGCUACGAAGUCCGAAUCUAUUCCUGAAUGCACGAACUUCUCCACUGCUGAGUUGCCGUCAGGCAGGGUGUCGAACAGAGUUGUUCUGUUCAAAGAGCUGGACCACAAGGGGUUUGUCGUUUACUCCAACUGGGGCUCUUCCAAGAAGGCCAGGGAUGUCAAGAGCAAUCCACAUGCUGCUCUGACCUGGUUCUGGCCUACUCUGCAGCGUCAGGUCAGGGUUGAAGGUGUCACUGAGUUUGUUGAUAGAGAAACGUCCCAGAGAUACUUUGAUACUCGUCCAAGAGGCUCGAAGAUUGGUGCGUGGUCUUCACCUCAGUCGUCGGUAUUGAAGAACCGUGACGAGCUCAGCGAGGUCUAUGCUCAGAGAGAGAAGGAGUUCGAGGGAAAGGAGGAAAUCCCAUGUCCUGAUUAUUGGGGUGGAUUGAGAACGAUUCCUCUGGAGAUUGAAUUUUGGCAAGGCCGUCCAAGUAGACUCCAUGACCGUAUCGUCUAUAGAAGAGCCACACCGGAGGACCCUUGGGAGAUUGUUAGAAUUUCACCAUGAUUGGUGCGUGUAGAUAUCUGUUGAAUAUAUACUAAAGCUAUAUAGAAGGAUCUAUAAUGUUAAGAAUAGACUCAAUCUG